CUUUGUCAUGCAGUUUUUUUCCCAUAGAUUUCUAUCAAUCCCAAUUUCACUAAAGAGGAGGAGGAGAAGAUGAAGAAGGAGAUGAUAGAAGAGGUGAUGAUUGUAGGAGGUUUAGUGAUGGUUCAAUUUGUAUACGCAGGCAACUCUUUGCUCAUGAGCCAUUUGAUGUCACUCGGUCUUGGCCCUUUCACCAUUGUCAUCUUCUCUACCUUUGCCACUUUCUUAAUCCUCUCCCCUUUUGCCAUUCUCUUCGAAAGGAAGCAAUGGCCAAAUGAGCUUAGCGCGAGGCUGAUUGGUAAGCUAGUUUUGAUCUCCUUUGCAGGGGUUACUCUGUUCCAGUCUCUAUUUCUGGAAGGAAUCAGGUUGACGUCACCAGCAAUGGCCACAGCGAUGCCUAAUCUCGCUCCUGGUCUCAUUUUCUUUAUUGCUUGGAUCGUUAGGUUAGAGAAGAUGAAUAUGAAAUGCGUGUACAGCAAAUUGAAGAUCUUAGGGACAUUGUUGUGCGUGUUUGGCGCUUUGACAAUGAGCUUAAUGCACAGCGCUUCUAUUAUUCAAGAUGAAAAAGAUAAUGCUUCAAUAUUCGUAUUUGAUCGAGACAGAGUUGUGGGUUGUAUCUACCUUCUCGGAGCUGUCUUUGUCUUAUCAACCAACGUCGUCCUUCAAGCGUCGACGUUGGCUGAGUUUCCAGCUCCGAUUUCGUUAAGUGCGAUAACGGCAUUGAUCGGAGUGUUGAUAACAAUGCUGGUACAGCUGUUACAAAACCAGAAAGGGAAAGUACUCACCAGAUCACUCAUUAGUAUUGGUAACCUCAUUGGUUUUUCUCUUCUGGGAGGGAUGGUGAGUGGAGCAUGUGUAAGCUUUAAUGGAUGGGCGAUGAAGAAACGUGGACCGGUUAUGGUUUCAAUGUUUAGUCCUUUCGCUACGGUUAUCUCAGUUGGUUUCUCUGUAUUGACAUUAGGAGAGUCCAUUUGCCUUGGAAGUGUGGGAGGAAUGUCGUUGAUGUUUAUAGGACUGUACCUUGUGUUAUGGGCUAAAGGCAAAGAAGGAUUCUCACAAACUGAGAGUUUUGAGUGGGAGUUCGACGCUAAAAAGCCUCUCUUGUCUUGACAAUUUCUUCAAUCUGUAUACAAAAGUUGUCAGAUAUUGAAUAUAUUGAGGGUUGUAGGCUCUAUAUUU